AUGCCUCUCGGCCCUGCUAUCAGCGAGGAAGAUGCUGGCUUCCAGUUCCCGCAGCCUCAACACAACUUCGAACACGAUGCGGGCCACGAGGGAAGGCGCAACGAAAACAAACCGGAGAUCGGUGGCCUCAUGGCGGAGCAGCAGCAGCAGCACGCUCUGUACCAACAACAGCUAGCGUCCCACCAGGUUCUGGCCGGUCUCGCUCCUCCGCGCGGUGGCGCUCAUCGCCGCGUGCAAAGCAACGUGCCGAUGAGCAUGGCCACCGGAAACUUCGGUGGUUUGGGUAACGCCCAGAAUAUGCUCAGUCAACUAGGCGCGCUCGGGCCUCUCGGCAUGCCCAUGCCUAAUGAUGCCCAAGGUGUCCCUCGCGGUCAUGGAAGGCGCCACAGUGUUAACGUGGUGAACAAGACUACCGGCCCUGGAGCCUCUAUCAGUUACAACAACCCCUUCGCACCCCAGGACGGGUUUGACGAUGGUUUCUCUGCACCUAACUUCGCCGGCGGACAUUCCCGUCAGGCGUCCCGUGCUGACUCCAGCUGGCGCAUUAAUGGCGGUGUUGGCGGAGUACAGACGAACAACAAUUUUGCUGCGGAUCUUGCGCAAGCGCAAGCACAACUUCAGAGUCUUCAGCAGUUCCGCGCUGCUGCUGGUGGCCAUCAUCACAAAAUGCCGUCCUUCAGCUUCCCGAACAUGCUCCCCAACAUGAUGGCGGCCAACAUGAUGGGCCUGGGCGGCUACAACCUUUUGCAGCAGCAACAGCAGCAGUUCCAGGCUCAGCUCCAACAGCAGUCGAACCAGCCUCAGCGCAAGUCGCUCUUCGCCCCGUACCUCCCGCAGGCGUCUCUUCCCCCUCUUCUCGCUGCGGGCAAGCUCGUUGUCGGUAUUCUGCGCGUCAAUAAACGCAACCGUUCGGACGCAUACGUCGCGACGGAGGUGCUUGAUGCCGAUAUCUACAUCUGCGGUUCGAAGGACCGUAACCGCGCACUGGAAGGCGACAUCGUCGCAGUCGAGCUGCUCGACGUCGACGAGGUCUGGGCCACGAAAAAGGAGAAGGAAGAGAAGAAGAGGAAGAAGGAAGAAAACGCAGCAUACGAGCCGAAGUCCGCAGCCGGACGGAAGGACGAUAAGAAGAAGGAUGACGUCGAGGUGGAAGGCCAGGGCCUGAUGCUCUUCGAGGAUGAAGAGGUCACUGACGAAGUUAAGCCGCAAUUUGCUGGCCACGUUGUCGCGGUUGUGGAACGGAUGCCAGGCCAGCUCUUCUCUGGUACUCUUGGUCUGCUGCGCCCGUCCUCUGCGGCGACCAAGGAGAAACAGGAGGCCGAGAGGCGCGAGCGCGAGGGUGAUCGUGGCGAUGAGCCCCGUCGUCCCAUCGAGCGCCCGAAGAUCGUAUGGUUUAAGCCGACGGACAAGCGCGUGCCCUUGAUUGCCAUCCCUACUGAGCAGGCUCCUGCCGAUUUCGUCCAGAACUCGGAAGCCUACGCCGACAAGCUGUUUGUCGCUUGCAUAAAGCGUCACCCUAUCAGUUCGCUGCAUCCAUUCGGUACGCUCGUUGAGGAGCUCGGGCCUAUUGGCGACAUCGAGGUGGAAACGAGCGCCCUACUGAAGGAUUGCAACUUCCCGACCGAGGAAUUCACUGAAAACGUACUCAAGUGCCUCCCGCCGACGCCGUGGACCAUCCCCGAGCACGAGCUGAAGAACCGUCGGGAUCUACGUGACCAGCGCGUGUUCACCAUCGACCCGGAUACUGCCAAAGACCUCGAUGAUGCCCUUUCGCUCAAGGCAAACGACGAUGGGACGUUCCAGGUCGGCGUACACAUCGCCGAUGUCUCCUACUUCGUCAAGCCUAAUACCGCCCUCGACCGCGAUGCACGUAAGAGGGCUACCAGCGUCUACCUCGUGCAGCGUGCUGUGCCGAUGCUGCCUCCGGCCCUUUCAGAGGAGAUGUGCAGUCUCAAACCUGGGCAAGAACGUCUGGCCUUCUCUGUCCUGUUCACCGUCACCAAAGACGGCAGAGUUGUGGACAAAUGGUUCGGCAAGACGGCCAUCAAAUCCGCGGCGAAGCUUGCGUACGCCGAUGUUCAGAAUGUUCUCGAUGGGAAACCACUUGGCGGCGUUCCGGUUACUCCGGAACACGGUGCCUCCGAUCUCGAGCACGACCUGAAGAUUUUGCAAGACCUCGCUAAAUUGCUGAAGGAGCGGCGCACCCAGAAUGGCUCUAUGAGCCUGCAAUCUAUCCGUUUGAAGUUCACUCUCGAUAAGAAUGGCCUGCCUAUCGACUGCGCUCCCUAUGAACGCUACGAUGCGCACAGCCUUGUGGAAGAGUACAUGCUUAUGACCAACAUUGCGGUCGCCCAACAUGUCGCCGUUCAUCUGCCGGAACAAGCCUUGCUCCGUCGUCAUGACUCGCCUUUGGAAAGACGCCUCAAAGCGUUCCAAGAGCGCGCCAAGGAAGGUGGUGUUGAGAUAGACAUAUCCACGGCUGGAUCUAUCAUGCGGUCAUUCGACGCCAUCAAGGAUCCCGUCGCGCGUAGGACGCUCGAGAUGCGCUUCUUCAAGUGCACCCAACGUGCGAAGUAUUUCUGUACGGGCAUGCUCGACAUCGCCAAAUACGGACACUACGCACUCAACGUUCCGCUGUACACGCACUUCACCUCACCCAUCCGCCGUUACGCGGAUAUCCUCGUCCAUCGCCAGCUUGAAUCGAUUCUGCAAAGUGGCAACGACCCCAAGUUCGCUAUGGAUCGCGAUGCUGUCGCUAAGAUUGCCCAGCAGUGCAACAUCAAACGCGACUCUGCCAAGCUAGCGCAGGAGCAAUCGGCUCACCUUUACCUCUGCGUUCUCGUGUCCGACCUCACUCAACGAUACGGCCCCGUCGUGCGCCAAGCAAAGGUGGUCGGCGUGUUGGACGCUGCCUUCGACGUGUUGGUGCCCGAGUUCGGUAUCGAGAAGAGGGUCCACAUUGACCAGAUGCCGAUCGAAAAUCACGUCUACGAGGAGCACAAUCACACGUUGCAGAUCUACUGGUCUAACAAGGACGUCAUCACCUGGCUCGCUGAGAACAGCGACGACGAGCAUCUCAAGAAGGUCAAGCAGACCGCCGAGUUGCACGCACAGAAGAUGGAGGUCUCCACGCACUCCGUCUACGACGAGAAGGCCCUGUUCGACGAGGACGACAACGAGGACGACGAGAUUGUACUGGGCAGGCCCGACGGCCCCGUCGAGGAAGAAGAACCGUCGCACCAGCGCAUGCUCUCCAAGGUAAAGGCCAGGCCCGAGUUCGAGGGGCUGAAGACCACGCCGUCUGGACACAAGAUCCAGGAGAUCCGCGAGCUCAUGACGGUGCCGGUUAUCAUCACGGCCGACCUCACCAAGAGUCCGCCGGUCAUCAAGGUGUACAGUGUCAACCCGUACGCAGAGCAGAAGUAA